AGAGUCUGACAAACACACGCGUGUCAAUAAAUCAAUAUUCAUCCAAAAACAUAUCGUAAAAUAAUAUCACAAACACAGCAAAAAUAUAUAAAGUUUCGGAGUGCUUUUGUAAUAAAAAAAAUAUUUUGCAUACGAAAUAAAAAUUAAUUCGGCUAUUAUUAUAUUAAAAAUUCAAACAAGGAUAAUAAAUAAUAAAAAAUAUCCCAAUAAAUCAGAAACAUUUUAACACAAACAGACAAUUAAAAUCGACAUAAGUGCCAAUUAUAAUAAAAUAAAAAUAAAACGCAAAAAAUAAAAUACAAAAACCGCUUCAAUAAAUAAAGGAGAACAAGUUCAAUAAAUAAUAGAAACAGGUCUAAUAUAUAGUUGGGGGGAAUAAGACGAUGUGUUGGUGGUGGGGGGUGGGGAGUGGUUCCAGUCUGGUGAUGAAGACGGAGAGGUGACCAUGACGUGGACGAAGGAGCUGGACGAGGCAGCCAUCCUGGCCACCAAGUCAGGACACUGGCAUAUUGUUCUUUUCUACCUGCUGUGUGGACUCGCAGCUAUACCUACUUCGUUUCUGGUGUUUUCGCAGGUGUUCACGAACGCAACCCCCGAGCACUGGUGUGCCCCGCCGCCGCAGCUGCAGCACCUGGGCCUGCCGGACGAGUUGCUGCGAACCCUCACGGUACCAGGAGAGCAUGGCGUGUAUGAGUCUUGUCGCGCGUACGAUAUUGAUGGGGAAGAGUUGCGGGAGGCGCUCGAGCAUUAUGUUGAGGAAAGAACGGUGACGAUAAAAGAGGGGAACGCUUUCCAGUCGGUGAAGAUAUACCAGCCGAUAGCAGUCACUAAAGGAAAGGAGAAGGACUUGAUUGCCAACAUAUCAAGCGCAGUGCUGUCGGUAAGGAAGAACACCACGUCACCAUGCGCACAUGGAUGGAGAUUCAGCUCUCAGCAGUACCAGGAUACACUGGUCACUGAUUUCUCUCUGGUGUGCGACAUGGACUGGCUGCCGCGCAUGUGCAACACGCUGUUCUGGGUCGGCUCUAUCUUCGGCAACGUGUUCUUUGGCUGGAUGUCUGACAGAUACGGCCGUCGUCCCACAAUCCUCCUGAUGGUGUUCCUAGAAGUACCGCUGGCUAUAGCGUCAUCAUUCGCCAAGUCGUACUGGGCAUAUGUGGCGCUUAGGGUGGCCGGGGGACUGUUCUUCCCGGCGCUAUAUCAACUGCCCUUUAUCCUGGCGUUGGAGCUCAUGCCGCCGGGACACAGGAAUCAUACGGGUAUCGUAGUGGGCAUGCUGUUCGCGGGUGGAAUGUGUCUCCUGUCACUCCUGGCGUAUGCUGUGCAGGACUGGUAUCAUCUCUCACUCGUCACCACGUUCCCGUUUAUACUGCUAUACGGGUAUUACUGGCUGAUACCGGAAUCUCCAAGAUGGCUUGUUGGCAGAGGCCGAAUAGCAGAAGCUGAAAAAGUAUUCAGGAAUCUCGCUAGAAAGAAUGGUAUUCACUUACAAAGAGGCUUUUUACUAGAGUUGCAUAAGAAAAUUAAAGAAGAGGAAGACGAGGCCGCACAAGAAGAACUAGCAACAUUAUCAAACAUGAACGGCCACGUCGCGGGGUACACAGGACUACCAGAGAAAGAUGAAAACCUAGACAGGAGAAUAAGCAAUAUGCUAACAUUCAAACCAGACCUCUCAAAAAUAUCUGAAGUUGAAGAAUCUAAUAAAAACAGCUUAGAAAAGAUUAUAGCUCUAGAAGUAGCAGAAAUAGUCAGCAAGAAAUCUCGACUAAAGAAGGAGGAUAGAGAUGAAGAUAAAGAUCAGAAUAUUACUGAAGCCACCAACUUGAAUGCUGAUCAUCAGCAGAAAGCCACACAGACAGAUUAUAAAUCUCCAGCGAGCACACUCAGAAGGAAAUCCCUACAGUUAGUCAGUAAAAUAUUUAUUCAAGAAGAUGUAGAGGAAGAUGUAAUGGAGAACAAAAGGAUGGAUGAUCAGAACUCUGAGGGGGAUUGCAAAGCUUCUCCACUCGACGUGUUCAGAUAUCCCAAUAUAAGGAAGAAGUUCUUCAUUCUGACAUUCGAUUGGGUAGCAUUAGGAGUUGUUUAUAAUAGUAUGAGUUAUAAUACGCCUAAUCUAGGAGUCAAUGAUUACUUGGCGUUUUUCAUAGGUGGUGCAGUAGAAAUACCGUCAUACUUCAUGGCGUGGCGCUGCAUGGAGCGGUUCGGCCGGCGCUGGGUGCUCUGCAUCUUCAUGUGUGUCGGCGGAGUCGCCUGCAUCAGCUGUGUCCUGGUGCCUGAAUCUUGGCCAUGGAUAACAGUAGCACUCUCAAUGUUCGGGCGACUGUUUGCCGCGUCAUCGUUCGCUGUGUUCUACGUGCUGAUAGGAGAACUGUUGCCGACUGUGCUGAGGGCACAGGCUAUGGGGGCAGCAUCGUUCAUAGCUGGACUAGGACUGUUGGCGUGCCCGUAUAUUGUCCAUCUGGCCGUUUACUCCAGAGCCCUACCACUAACAAUAAUGGGAGUCCUGAGCGUGAUGGGCGGAGUCACGUCCUUGUUCCUGCCAGAAACCCUCAACCAGCCUCUACCGCAGACCCUGGGAGAUGGAGAGAUGUUCGGCAGAGACUUCAAGAUAUUGAGCUGUGUUGAGAGGCAGAGUGAUAAGUGAAUGAGAAUAAUCGAGAGACAUUUAGUUGGGACUUGAAAAUUUUAUCGAAAGUGAUCAUUAAAGUUGAAUGGAUUCAUAUAUUAAAAAAGUUAAUGUAAAAGAAGGUAUAGAGCGAGAUGAUGAAGUUUCAGUGUAUAACUUUGAACCAACCAGUGUCACAAAAGAACCAGUGCUUAUGGAUGAUAUAAUACUUUAAAGUGUCAAGUGACAAACAGAAUAGUCAAGCUGUCAUGCGAAGUGUAAAUAAUUUAGUGCAUACAAGAGAUAACAACAUGGAAAAUAGUUUAAAAUGUAAAUGUGCUAA